GUUCAGUCAGUUCCUGCUCGUCGAUCGGUGUGAGUGUGGAUCUGGAGUACCGUUAGUCGUAGUCGUGUGUGCCGUUAAGAAGCUCUCGCAUCGUCGAUAGCGAUAACUACGCGCGUGGGCGGUGGGCAGUGUGAACGGUGUAUUUUCGUCGCUGCUGGGAGAAAACACACCGAGCCGGGCAGCUCAACAUAAACGGAAUUUUUAUUAUCAAUCGGAAACUUGAAUGCGUUAAUGCCGCGCGGGAAUAUUUGGUUCAAGGUCAUUGCCAGCUUUAGCACAUAGAAAAAAAAGGGGCCAACAAACAAGCAAACAGAACAAUAAAAGACGUUAUCUUUGAGGCAAAUCCUUGAUGCAGUUGCAUUCAGAUACAAUUUAUUAGCUUGUCCCAAAAAAUGGCAAAAGUAGCUGAGGAGAAUGAUCAUCGUGAUCUAAGUAAUUGGUCGAAUGUGAACGACACCAAUGGCACCAUUCACCUGACCAAGGAUAUGGUCUUCAAUGAUGGCCACCGAUUGUCCAUCACCGUGUACAGCAUACUGUUUGUGAUCUCAACAAUUGGCAACAGCACCGUGCUGUAUCUGCUGACCAAGCGGCGACUGCGCGGUCCCUUGCGUAUUGAUAUCAUGCUAAUGCAUCUGGCCAUCGCCGAUCUAAUGGUGACGCUGCUCCUGAUGCCAAUGGAGAUCGUGUGGGCCUGGACGGUGCAGUGGCUAUCCACGGACCUGAUGUGCCGCCUGAUGAGCUUUUUCCGCGUCUUUGGCCUGUAUCUGUCCAGCUACGUGAUGGUCUGCAUAUCGCUCGACAGAUACUUUGCCAUACUGAAGCCGCUCAAGCGGUCCUACAACCGGGGACGCAUCAUGCUGGCCUGCGCCUGGCUGGGAUCAGUCGUCUGCAGCAUUCCACAGGCCUUUCUCUUCCAUCUGGAGGAGCAUCCCGCCGUCACCGGCUACUUUCAGUGCGUCAUCUUCAACUCGUUCAGGAGCGACUUUGAUGAGAAGCUGUAUCAGGCGGCCUCCAUGUGCAGCAUGUACGCCUUUCCGCUGAUCAUGUUCAUCUACUGCUACGGAGCCAUUUACCUGGAGAUCUAUCGGAAGAGCCAGCGCGUCCUCAAGGACGUGAUUGCCGAGCGUUUCCGGCGUUCCAACGACGACGUGCUCAGCCGGGCCAAGAAGCGCACGCUCAAAAUGACCAUCACGAUUGUGAUUGUGUUCAUCAUCUGCUGGACUCCGUACUACACCAUCUCCAUGUGGUACUGGCUGGACAAGCACUCCGCGGGCAAGAUCAAUCCCCUGCUGCGCAAGGCGCUGUUCAUCUUCGCCUCGACCAACUCAUGUAUGAAUCCAUUGGUCUACGGACUCUACAACAUUCGCGGGCGAAUGAACAACAACAAUCCGUCGGUGAACAACAGGCACACCUCGCUGUCCAAUCGCCUGGACUCCUCCAAUCAGCUGAUGCAAAAGCAGUUGACCAACAACUCGCUGCUGAAUGGAAGAGGCCAGGUGAUGGCAGCCGCGGUUUCAGCCACCACUAAGUUGGCCAAUGUGGUCAGCCUUAAAGGCACUGCCAAUGGCAAUGGCUCAGCUGCAGCCGCGGGAACAGUUCCAAUAACUCCUCCGCUGACAGUAACCAUCGCUCCGCUGGCCACCGACGACGAGGCCAACGAUGAUUCCUGUCUCAGUGCGGUCACCAUCAGGUGCCAGGAUCAAUCCCCGAUCCGCCAGAAGUAAUUUCGGUCUCUACACCCGUUUUCUAUCUUCUUGCGAACUUGAAAUUCCCAUGCUCAUUGCCAUCCUUCAUUUAAAUGAUUUACAACCGCUCCUCAAAAUCACUUUUCCUUUUCGUGGUUCGCCAUAAAAAGUUGGGUUUUAUGUUGUGGUUUUAGUGUUUAAUCUAGCACAAAGCAAGGGAUUUUUAAAAUACCUUUGAAUACUGAGUUAAUUCUGUUGGAUUAUGUAAAGUAAAUUGUUUUAGGUCUUGGGUUUUCGCAGUUUUUAGUGCCUGUUCAUCUGGUUACUUGUAACUGCCUUUUGUAACACUAUGUAACUUAGUAAACUAUGUGAUGUAUGAUACUGUAGCUUCACUGUAGAUUAAUCAUAGAUUAACGAUCACGUAACAGCAAUGCUUUACUUUUUACACCCUGCAUAUUAUGCAACAUGUAAAAAGGGUCCAUAUGUCCUAUCUUAAAUUGGGUUAAGAUAGUUCAUUUGCGUUAAUGAAGAAUUGCAUCAUAUCUCCCACUUUAAAGCCCAUUUCUAGGCCGCAAUUCAUUUGAUGUCAACACAUCUGGUCAUCAGCCAGAGAGUCUUAACAAAUAUAUAUCAUUUCAGAUGUGGCGACUCCAUCGAAUUGACCAGUGUGGUCAAGUAGACAUCACAUGGAGCAAAUGGAGCUCCGAGAGCAACUGGAUCAAUUAAGCGAUCUGCUAAUGUUCAACUGGAGGAGUCGGCUUGGAACAAAGGGCAUUUAAUUUGCUAACCAGCUUAGUUCGGAAUUUUCGUCAUAAAUUCUUUUGGCAUUUGCAUUUAGCUAGUGACAAAUUAAAUCGUUUUCAAGUCCACGAACGCCAAAGCAGCAAAGAUAUAAAUUUCGAUUUCUAAAACGCUUUGUAUUGAACCAUCAAAAUGCUUGGUAGGCAAAGCUAUCGCCUAGGAAAUACGAUUAAGAUGUAAUGCCGCUUACUGUUAGAUAUACUCUAGUUAGUCGGAUUAUUGCUUAAUUUAAAAUAAUUUAUUCAUAACAAAUAAUUAUAAACGAAAUUGAAUAAAUGGAUCUUGAAAAUUAUAG